UGGCUGUCGGCUUUAUGGAGAGCGAUUGCAAGUGAGAACUGGGCGAUUGUGGCUCUAAUGAAGUUUAUAAUACUAGUUGGAUUCAAAGCGUGGUCUAUGCGGUGCUUCAAGAUUUUGUGUCUUAUUGAUUCACCUUCGUGUUUGCACAUGACUGGAAUUUGUUGUCGCCAUUUUUUAGCUCUGAAGUGCAAGAUCUAGAUCUAGAUAGGGCCAGUUCUGGUGUCACUAAACUAUUUGUAUUUUAAAUCCUUUAUUUUUUUUUUGACUAAUUAAUUAAUAGCCAUUGCUCAUAAAUUAGGGUAGGAUUAGCCAAAUAAACCCAUUUCGACUAAACGCUGUUACCGAGACUCGCCUACGACAUUUCUGUUUUCAUUGUAUAGCACUGUGCACGAAGCACGAGCAAUACACAAGGACUCAAUCUUUGAUUAUUUCGGAUUAAACUGUGGAUUACGUAGGAUUGAGACCGAGUCUACAUAUUGAUCGCUAAUUUUGUCAGGGAUUGAAAUCUCUCGUGUAGAGAUGCCACGAUUUUGAAAUGCAAUUCAAUGAACGCACUAUAUUAGAAAUAGAUCAAUUGUAUUAAACAACUCGCGUUGUUUCGAUCUGCGGUCCAGUUGGUGAAAUGAGAUUCUUUGGGAAGUUUAUAUAACUCCGAGUGUAAGUCUAGUUGGUAUAGGGGGGAAAGGGAGUGAAAGGGCGCCGCGUUGCUUGCAGCAGCAUGCCUGUAACAGCUGGCUAUCUAAACAUAAUACAAACUCUAAAUAUUACUGCUGAGUUUCUGAUGGGCUAAAAACAACAUAACACAAGUGCUUAUUGAUAGGCUUCAUAAAUUUUCUUGCAAAUAGUAAUAACACUCGCGUAGUGGAAAUUUAAGCUGAAUGCAUAUUCGGAAAGAACUGUUGUGCUGUGAUACGGUAACAUUUACCAAUCGAUACGUUUUGUUUUUGUGGUGUAGUGAUGUUCUUAGAAUGUUCUAGUUUUUGGUGAUUUAAGAAUGUGUUCUUGAAUAAUGCAUAAAGUGUUGGUCAUCAUGAUCACUAAUUGAGUUGGACAUGUUUCACGUGUCAUCAUGAUCUAAUUCGUUUCAUUGGAUCCUCAAGUUUCCAAAAUGUCGGAUACACAUGAUGGUAAAAAGGCAAAGAAAGAAGCCGCGGAUGAAGGUGGGAUUAAACAGGCCCGCGCUGAUGAACCUUUGGAAGCGAAAGCACCUGACUCCAAGAAGAAAAAAAAGCAAGAGGAAAAUGUCAGUACAAGAAAAGCCAAUACUAAAUCUUCUUGGGAUAGGUUUGAAGCUGGGAAGGCCGUAGACUUUCAGAUACGAAUAAAGAUUGUGCAAGCCAGACAACUCUCAGGGGCUAACCUUCAACCUGUUGUGAGGUUGUCAGUGAUGAAUCAGGCCAAGCAGACACGAAUUAAAAAGUCCACAACGAACCCCUGGUACGAUGAGUCCUUCUUCUUCAACUUUCAUGUUCCACCAACUGAACUCAUUGAUGAGAUAGUGGACUUUGGGGUCUAUGACUCCAAGAUGUUGAGAUCUGAUGCACUGAUUGGCUCAUUCAAAUGUGAUGUUGGCUUGAUCUAUGAUGAACCCAAUCACGCCUUAAUUAACAAAUGGGUGCUGCUCAGUGACCCUGAUGAUAGUGCUUCUGGGGCGAAAGGCUACCUCAAAAUCAGUGCUUGUGUCUUGGGACCAGGGGAUGUAUCACAAAACAUGGCUUCUAAACCAAAUGAUGAAGAUGAAGAUAUAGAAAGCAACUUGCUACGUCCUGCAGGAGUUCAGUUGAGACCAGCAACAUUUCUUUUACGACUGUACCAUGCAGAAGAUAUUCCAAGAAUGGACUCAGCAUUUAUAGAAGGAGUUAAAAAGGUGUUAAGAAUUGGUGAGGAACAGAAAGAAUUGGUUGAUCCAUUCUUUAUAUUUGGAUUUGCAGGCAAAGAGGUUAAAUCUAAAAUUAUGUACGCUAAUGAUCAUCCUGACUGGUAUCAGGAUCUCCGUAUAGGAAUACAGUUUCCUUCAAUGUGUGAAAGAAUAAAACUACAGAUUAGAGACUGGGAUCGACUGAACCAGGAUGACAUUGUGGGUACCCACUUUGUUCCCAUUAGUCUUAUAUCUUCCAGUGGAGAGCACGGCUUUCUUCCAACUUUUGGACCCUGUUAUGUCAAUUUGUAUGGAUCUACAAGGGAGUAUUCAGAUCUACCUAAUGACUUUGAAGACCUUAAUCUUGGCAAGGGAGAAGGUGUUGCUUAUCGAGGUCGAGCACUUGUGGAGCUUCAAACUAUUCUUGGAGAACUUCCUGAGAUAGAAGUGGAAGACAUUCCCUCUGAUGACAGACUCAGAGUACAGAAAUUUAUGAGAAGACGUAAAUACAGAGUUCAUGCCGCCUUCAUUAAUGCCAGUAUGAUUAGUUCAGCACAUGUGGAUGCUCCAAUAGAGUUUGAGAUCAGCAUAGGUAACUAUGGUAACAAGCUAGAUGAGAAUGUGCCACCAUGUGCCUCCACCACCCAACCCACCAACCCAGUAUUUGAUGGUUGCUACUACUACUAUCUACCUUGGGCCAACACCAAACCCUGUGCUGUUGUGGAUAGCUCUUGGGAAGAUAUUUCAUUUAGGCUCAACUCCCUAAAUGUUAUUCUGAAUAUCAUAGAGCGGCUGACAAGCAACUUGGAGAGAGUUCAAGUUGGCAUUAAAGCCAAACUACCUAUACCUGAACUGGCUCAACUGAUGAUUUCAUUACUUGAUCACUUGAUAUCUGAUUGUGGAGUUCAAUUAUCUGCUCCAAAAGAAGGUUACCAUGUUAGCAAUGAGCUGGAUAAACUGACUUUAGCUAUGAGAAAGGAGGCAUUAGAAAAUGUUAAAAAUUCUGCUAAAAACUUGCGAGAAAAUGCUACAGAUGUUGAGGAAGCCAUUAGCGAAGUAGAAAACUUACUUCAGAUGUUGAAGAACAUUGCUAUAGAGCCACAAAACAGUAUGCCAGAUGUAGUGAUAUGGAUGUUAAGUGGACAGAAGCGAAUAGCUUACUAUCGUAUUCCUGCUUAUGAUCUACUGUAUAAUGAGGAUGAAAACUUCAGAGGUCGAAGCUGUGGAAAGCUUGUCACUUUGGCUCUCAAGUAUCCACAAGUUAAAGACAAAGAUAAAAAACCUGAAAUUCCUGCUUUACUCAGAGUGAAGCUUUGGUUGGGACUACAGACUGAAGAAAAAGCAUGGCAUAAAAUGCAGAAAGAAGGGGAGUUGGCAGUUUAUGCUGAAACUUAUGAAAAUCAAGUCAACAUUCUGGGCACCUGGACCAAUAAAGGACCAACAAUGACUAGGCCAAAAUGGUCAGAUAGUGAAGGAAAGAUUGAACUACUUAAAGAUAAAUUUGUGCCCCCUCCUGGCUGGAAAUGGGAUGGAGACUGGUACAUUAGUCCUGAGAUGAGCAUGUUAUUUGACAAAGAUGCUGGACAUCGCACAUAUCUUGAGGAUGUUUAUGAAAAUCAAUCCAGAAAUAUUCCAGGAAGCACAUGGGGACUAUCCACAAGACCGUGGACAGAUGUUAAAGGGGAUCCUACUGAAAGCAUUGCCAAUAUUCCAUUACCUAGUGGUUGGCAGUGGGAUGAAGACUGGCAGCCUGAUGUGAACAGAGCUGUGGAUGAAGAUGGCUGGGAAUACUGUGUGGAGUCUACAGUUGGUGGGUUUGGACCUGUUGAGAAGACAUACCACCUGUGUCGCAGGAGAAGAUGGGUCAGACACAGAACACAUAAAGAUAUGAAUAAGGAGACAAGAAAACUUGACACUGAGAAAACUCUGAAACUUGAAGGCUGGGAGUAUGCCCCUUUGUUUAACAUGAAGUUUCAUGCACAGGAAAGAACCAUGGACCUUGUCAGACGGAGACGGUGGCAUCGUAAGAUGAUAUCUGUUAGUGCUGAGGCCUCUUGUUUUUUCAAUGUAUCGCAUGAGGUUUCAAAACUUCAAAAGAGGGCAGGGGAAGGAAAGGAAUUGACUACUUUGGCAUCAUUGGCGGCACCAAGAAUGUUUCUGACUUUUAAGAAUGCACAUAAAUAUCAGUUGAGAGCCUACAUCUACCAAGCUAGAGAUCUGCUGGCAGCUGAUGAUACUGGCCUAUCUGAUCCUUUUGCAAGAGUGAGUUUUAUCACCAACAGUAUGGUGACAGAGACUCAGCCCAAGACAUUGAGUCCCACCUGGGAUCAGACUCUGAUCUUUGACGAGCUUGUAAUGUAUGGCUCUCCUGAAACAAUGGAAGCUUCCCCACCAACCAUUUACAUUGAACUCUUUGAUUAUGACACCUUUGGAAAGCCAGAGUUUCUAGGCCGAGCUAAAGCACAUCCAAUGGUGAAACUGGACCCAUCAGAUGCUCGUACUCCUGUUUUACAGUGGUAUGAAAUAAUGCGCUUGGGGCAGAAUGGUGGAGAACUCCUUGCAGCAUUUGAACUUAUUAAAAUUGAAGAAGAUUUCCCUGAAAUAGAAAAGGCUUCCAGUAAGGAUUUACCAUUUCUGCCACCUAAGAAAGGCAACAUAUACAUUGUACCGAAUGGUAUUCGUCCAGUUAUGCAACGAACAGGAAUAGAGGUUUUGUGUUGGGGUGUUAGAAAUAUGAAAAAGUUUCAAUUAUCUGCAGUGAACUCUCCCAGCAUUAAGUUUGAAUGUGGUGGUCAUGCCAGAGAUUCUGUUGUCAUUAAAGACACUCGGAGAAAUCCCAAUUUCUCUGAAAAUUUUCUUUUUUUUGAUGUGAUGUUGCCCAGAGAAGAACUGUAUAUGCCACCAAUGAACAUUAAAGUUAAAGAUCACAGACAGUUUGGUCGUAAGCCAACUGUUGGUGUGCAUGUGCUCAAGUCUUUAGAAGAUUUCCGUUGUGAUCCACUAUCUGGUGUUACAGCCAUCAUGCCAGUUAUGCCUGCACCUUCUGAUGGUUCCCCACUUAUUGAGAAAGCAGCAACAAUUGAUGUCACACCAAGUAGUCCAACAGGGGCUGACACUGUCAUUGAGAUUUCAGAAGGGGAAGGAGCAGAAAAAGCUCCUACAGAUUCGACUGUAAACAAUUCAGCACUUGUAUUUUCAAAAGGCUCAAACUCAUUGCUAAAUCAAAAUAAUUCAGCUAUGGUUAAAAAAGCUGGAAAAGGGCUGAAGAAGAUCUCUAAGUCUGUAGCACACCUUGCUUAUGUCAUGUUUGUGCCAAAAAGUUACAGACUAAAAAAGAAAAAAGCUGAAGAUUUGAAACAAAUUAAUUUGUAUAGAUCUAUGGAGGAAUCAGAAUUGACCCAGUUGGAAGUAGAUUGGUGGUCCAAAUAUUAUGCCUCAACCAAUGAUCUUGAAAAGUGCAAGAAAUACAAACUUCUAAAUUACGACACUCUAGAGGUUCUGUCUUCUGAGUUGGAGAAAUAUGAAGGUUAUAAAGGCUUUACAGACUUCUGCCACACGCUUUACUUAUCAAGAGGGAAAAAUGAAGAUGAUGAAGACUCCAAUGUUGUUGGAGAAUUUAAGGGAUCUUUCCGAGUGUACCCUCUACCUCAGGACCCUAAUGAACCACUACCACCCAGGAUCUUUCAGUCUAUGCCGUCCAGUGAUCCUGAAGAGUGUAUCAUCAGAGUUUAUGUAGUCAAUGCUGUAGACCUUCAACCUAAUGAUCCCAAUGGUUUGGCUGAUCCUUAUAUUGAAGUGGAGCUAGGCAAGAAAAAGAUGAACACAAGAGACAAUUAUAUACCAAAUUCAAUCAAUCCAAAUUUUGGAAGGUUGUUUGAAAUGAAGACGAUCAUUCCACUGCACAAAGAUUUAAUUGUUCGAGUAAAAGACUAUGAUUUACUAAGUACAGAUGACACAAUUGGUGAGACCACUAUUGACUUGGAGAACAGAUAUCUAACUAAAUUCAGAGCCAUCUGUGGUCUACCUAAGUCUUAUUGGAUCUCUGGAGUAAAUCUGUGGCGAGACAGUCAAAAGCCCAUUGAAAUAUUACAAGAAUUUUGUAAAAGGAACAGAAUGGAUGCACCAAAAUUUCAAGACACAAAAACUGUUACUGUUGGAGGUCGUACAUACAAACUAACUGAUUUUGAGAAAACUCCUCCAUUUAACAAGCACAUUGGACCAGAGGACCAACGUUUGGCUUUACAUGUCUUGAACCUGUUCCCCUUGGUCAAAGAGCAUGUUGAAUCAAGACCCAUCUUUAACCCAUUACAGCCUAAUAUUGAACAGGGAAGGUUGCAUAUGUGGGUAGAUAUAUUUCCUGUAUCCCUUGGACCACCAGGGCCUCCAUUUGAUAUAUCACCUCGACAACCUGUCAAAUAUGUACUUCGUGCUAUUGUCUGGAAUACAAAAGAUGUCAUCCUGGAGGAAGAAUCAAUUACUGGAGAGAAAAUGAGUGAUAUUUAUGUCCAGGGCUGGAUGGGGGGUAUUGAUGAAAAGCAGAAAACUGAUGUGCAUUACAGGUCCCUAGAUGGUGAAGGAAAUUUCAAUUGGAGAAUGAUCUUCCCCUUUGAGUAUCAGGUGGCUGAACAAACUAUGAUAGUUAAGAAAAAGGAGCAUUUUUGGAGUCUUGAUACAACAGAAAUAAAAACAACUCCAAAGCUGAUCACUCAAAUUUGGGACAAUGACAAAUUUUCCAAGGAUGAUUUCAUUGGUCAUCUGGAGCUGAACCUGAAUGCUAUGCCACUACCUGCCAAAAGGUCCAGAAAUUGUAAUCUCAAAAUGCUUCCUGAUGUUGGAAAAGAUGUUAAACUUGUUUCUUUGUUUGAAAUGAAAAAAAUGAGAGGAUUCUGGCCCUGUUAUGAUGACAGUACAGGCACAAGGCAGCUGACUGGGAAAGUUGAGAUGGAGUUGGAGCUGCUGACUGAAGCCCAAGCAGAAGAAAGGCCAGCUGGUCUUGGUAGAGAUGAGCCAAACAUGCAUCCCCAACUAGAUCCACCAAAACGUCCAGAAACUUCCUUCCUUUGGUUUACAUCCCCUUGGAAAACCUUCAAGUAUGUUAUCUGGAAGAACUAUGGAUGUCUGCUCAUCACUAUCUUAGUUAUCUUUCUGUUGCUGUUGUUGGUGGCUCUCUUCAUCUACUCUUUCCCAGCUCUCUUGGCAGCUCUGGUAGUUAACAAAAUUGAUGAAAGUUCUUCAAAAAAGAAGAAAACAACAUAAUGCAGGAGAAAUAUCAAGACGUUUGGUGGGAAACUAGUUACAGAGAAAAGCCGCCUUGCUUGGAAACUAUGAUCACCAUCAUUCAGUUCUGGAUAAAUUAUCAUUUAUUGUUACUGUUAUUCAUUUCAAAUGAUCAAUGUUAAUGUUAAAACCUAGAGCUUGAAAUGUGCUAUUCAACAUUUCUUAUCAUUUAUCUGUUCAGCUAACUAGGAUAAAGAUUCAAAUGAAAGGAGAUGUAUGAACAAAUGUUCAGUGAAAAUUACAGAUUCUAUCAUACACUAAAAUUGAUGGUUGAAACUUUUUGUUGACAAGUAUAGUGCUGAUUUUUGUGUCCUGUCAUAGAUAUGAGACUGAACAUUUUAGUAAUGACUAGUCCUUUACCUGAUAUCUUAGUUUGUUCAGCUAUGAACCACUCACACAGACAGAACAUGUUCAUUUGACAAGACAGAUGUUUAGGAUGAUUUUGUAUUCAACUAAAUGACAUUUGUGUGAUGUGACUGUAAACAUGGUGUAAUACUACUUACUUUAAUAUGUAGGCCUACAUGUUAUUCUCUGAAAAUUCUAGAAAUCUCUUUAUAAUAAUAUAACCAUUUUUUUUUUUUCUAAUUUGGGUUAAGUAGACUACUGGAAGAAAUUUUAACAAAAUGCUUUUUAUAGGAAGCACUAUGAUUUUUUUUUAAACAAUCAAAACAUUAUUGUGAUAUAUUUUCAUUUGAAAAUUUCAUAAUUUAUUCAUUUUGUAGCAACAAAAAAAAAAAUGGGGGGGAUUUUAAAUAGUGUUUUUGGUUUUAUGACAAGGAUGUAUAACGCAUGUCUUUAAAAUUAUUAAGGUUACUAGUAUUUGAAUUUUAAGAAUGGGUUAAGAACCUUAUGCAGACAGACUGAUGUAGAAAACUAUCUCAAUGAUGCAUGUGAGUGCUAAUAUAUAAGAAGAUUUUUAGGCUCAUCAUUUGACACCAUAUUAGUUCAAAAUAGUUUUUGGCCUUAUUGUCAGCCAUGUUACUCAUUCAACACGGAAUCAUUGUUUCAGCAUGCAGAACAAUACUGUGUUGUUUUUUUUUAGCUGUUAGUUUCAGCUACAUUUCUGUAUGCUUGUUAAACAUACAUUCAUUUUUAAUAUAUUAUUAAAUAUAUUUCAUUUCGUCUUUAGUCUACCAUUACGUGAAUUCUUUAUUAAGCCCUAAAAAAAAAACUUGUACAUUUUCCAUCAUUUUACAUUUGAUGUGAUUCUAGAAAUAUUUUAUAUGAUUUUUACAAUUGACAUUAGAUCUACAUGUUAUAUUUAUAGACUUAUAACUUUGUUUAAAUAUAUUUUAAUUUGGUUUCAUUUGUUUACAUUUUAGCUUGUCAACUGACCAAUUUUUUCCCACACAGCCAGUACUUCAUAGGACUAUUUUGAAGAUGGCCAGUGUCAAUGUUUCCAAGUUAUAAUAAUGUUAAUUUCAUGACAUUCUCUAUAUUCUACUAAAAUAAAUCAUAAUUUAGCCCAUUUAUAAAAUUAACUAUUACAUUUCAGACCACGACAAUUCUUAGGUUACAGAUAUUUAAUAUUACAUUUUAAUUCUAAAUUUUAGAAUCUAAAAUGUUUUUUUUAACAUAAUUAUUUUUAUUUAUUUUUUUUUCGGAUAUUCAGUAAAUACAUUUUUUUUUCUCAUUAUAAAUGUUCAUAUAAAUCAAUUAGAUUUUAAAAGUCUGAAAAAUCUCGAGUACAUUGAUUUGUUUCUAGUUCUCAAAAUUUGUGUUUAUAAAUAUCUAUAAUACAUUCAUAACAAUAGUUUUCAUUUAUAAGCCAUUGAAUCUUUGUGAUAUUAAUUUUACUGCAGUGUUUUACGUAUAAUCUAGUCAGUCUUUCUUCUUCUGACAAUCUUUUCUUUUUAAAGAACUAUUAUAUCUAGGUUUAUUUAUGUAAAAGAAAAUGUCAAUAUGAGCAAAGAACAAAGUCUUUUUGCACUAUAUUGAUUGACAAGUUGUUUUUAAUAAAAUACUUCUGUGAUUUUAAAUACUAUACUCACAUAAAAAGAGCUUUUCUUAAAAGAUUUUCUUAAUUGAUUAGCUGUCAACCUCAUUGCCAGCAUUGAAGAAAAUGGUAAUCUAAGCCUCAUUUAUUGAUAUUAGUGUGAAUAGUACAAAGUUUUAGCUCUUGACUUUUUAGACUGAAAUUGGUGAUAUAAUGAUUACACUUUAUUUUCCAUUCUUUUGAAAUAAAAAGCUGUUUUAUAGCAAG